AUGACACCCAAGUCCAAGAGAGUAACUGCUGAGCAUACGAGAGAUAGGGUCCGGGAUAACCAACGUCGUCAUCGUGCUCGGAGAAAAGACUACAUCGCCACACUGGAGGAAAAGCUUUCUGAUGCAGAAAAGACCAUCUCAACUUUGAGAGGUCAGGUUGCCGACCUCGAAGAGGCGAUAAAAAGGGAUAAUGAUGGACGAAUAUCGACGCUGCCCAGAGUGGAACCCGAAGAUGUGGACAUUCAGGAAGAGUCAUUCGUUAUCGAUACAGACGAUCUAAUAAUCCCAAUAACCGGUUUCGUUACAGAAAGCCCUGGGGAAAUAAACGAUCCAAGUUACAAUGACUUAUCCGGAUUGAACAUUGAGUCUACGGACUUGACACUUCCAAUCCUUCAACCCGCCAUGUUUCCUCCACCAUCUCAGACAGGACAUUCCCCCGCAUAUCAGAGCUAUCAAAACAACAACGAUUUGCAACAAAACCAGUUAAUAAAUACGACCAACACAUGUUGCUCGCCUCCAAUCCCACCAAUCGGGACAGAACUGAGCGCAGAGCUAACAAGACUCUGCUGCGAAGCCUACAUUCUCAUCGCCCAGUCAAAUACCACUUUACUCAACGAGAACAAUGUGACAUUAUUGGAGACAGAUAAGGAAAGUAAACAUACUUGGUUUCACUCCCAACAAACUGCUCAGAAGGUUGACGUUGCCGAUAUCGACUCGCCUUUUCUGGACCAGAUUGGUACCGGCUUCUAUCGCCUUAUGCUGCACAUGUGA